AUGUCUUUUCUCAGGUGUCUGACUCUAAGGGUGUGCUGGUCCUGUCCAAGUUCGACAGCUUUCUGAGGGAGACCCUGAAGCUGCCCACUGCGGUACAUGAAGGUCCAUCCUUUGGCUCCGCCCACGCUGUGGCACGCUCCUGUUUCCCACAGCAGAAGAGGGUGAUGCUCAACAUGUUCCUGGACAUCGAAGCUGAACCUCCUGAGUGUCUCAUCUGGCUGCCUCUGAUGCACCGCAUGGCCAGUGUGGAGCAUGUUCAUCAUCCAGUGACGUGCUCCUUCUGCCGCAGUGACGGCAUGACCGGCUUUCGUUACCGCUGCCUCCGCUGCCGUGGGUACCAGCUGUGCCAGGAUUGUUUCUGGCAUGGCAAUGCCAGUGGUUCCCAUAAUAACCAGCACCAGAUGAAGGAGCACUCGUACUGGAAAUCAUCUGCAAAGAAGUUUGGCCUAGCUUUGAGCCGAACUCUGGGCUGCGUGUCAUCCAGGGAGCCCCAGCACCCGGUUUACUCUGAGGAACCUGAGAGGACCCUUAACCUGGCCAACAUAGUCCCCUCCAGACCGUUUGGGAGCACCAGUGACACCAUGUUGUUGUCCUCACCUGCACUGGAGUCCUGCAAAAGUUUGUGUGCGGCUCAGCGAAUGAACGAGGAGCACGCUCUGAUCGCAGCGUAUGUGAACCGACUGCAGAGCAGCCCGAGUGGUUUGGACGUUCCCAGCAGACAAGAUGAAGAGCACAAACUGAUCGCUCGUUACACGUCCCGGCUGGCUGAGAGCGAGAGCUCAGGAGUGAUCCCCACACGGAGCAUCAACUUCGAUGUGAACAAACACAAGAGGGAGCUCAUUGCUCAGAUGGAGAGCAAAAACAGAAAGAUCCUGGCAGAGAUCAAACGUCUGCGGAUGGAGCACGACGCCGUGUGUCAGAUGGGUCCAGAGAGGGCCAGCGUGAACCCAGCUCUGCUGGCUGAGCUCCGUCAGCUCAGACAGAGGAAAGAGGAACUGGAGCAGAGGAUGUCCUCCCUGCAGGAGAGCAGGAGAGAGCUGAUGGUCCAGCUGGAGGGACUCAUGAAGCUGCUGAAGGACGAGGAGCAGCGACAGGCAGCACCAGCAGCUGGCUCAGCUUCCACCUCUCCAUCUCGUCUGAGACCACCAGCUGUCCACUCCACGGGGGCCACGCCUCCUCAGGCUCACACCUAUUUCCCUCAAGACUCCCUGGCUGGAGUGGGCGGUGACGUCCAGGAGGCCUUCUCUCAAGGCCCAAGAAGAAACCUGAGGAACGACCUGCUGGUAGCAGCAGACUCCAUCACCAACACCGUGUCCUCACUGGUCAAAGAGCUGCACUCUGAUGAAGGUCGAGAGGAGGAGGAGAGGCUGCUGAACGGGAAGGAUAGAGCAGGUUAAAAUGCUGACAGAAGAUAAAAAAACAACUGAUGGAUCGUCACGGCCAAAGAUGCUGUCGGACCUGAAACCUGUCCUCCAGUUUUCCUCGUUAACCAGCAGAAGGAUCAAUCAACCAAUCACAGGACACCAAACAACCGUUGGGUCUCUACUGAUGUAUAGCUGUGAUUCUGUGUGUUACUGUUGUGUUGUUGUUGAUUUAAUCGUUCAUAACCAAACGAAGGAUCUGAAACCUACUGAUUUGUACUGUAGUGUGUGUGUGUGUGUGUGUGUGUGUGUGUGUGUGUGUGUGUG